GAACUCAGGGGUGGAUGUAAUGGUGCUUAUAUACGACUGAGGUGGUUUAAAGAGUUUAAAUGCUACAAGAUCUAUCGUUGGUAUAAUGUGCACAACCAUGACAUGAUUCCUGAGUCUCUGCGUCACUAUGUGAGAUCCAGCAGACGAAUGGCUCCUGUGUAUAAGAUGCUGGCAGAGGUGAAUGAUGCUGCUGGUAUUGGUGUGACUUCUUCGUAUAAUGCAAUUAGUAGGGCUGGUGGUGGUCGGAAGUUUGUUGGGUUCACAAAGAAUGAUUUGAAGAACCAUCUGCGAACGGUUAGGACGUCAUCAAUGGAGUAUGGUGAUGCGACUGCAUUGCUUGAAUACUUUAGACGUCAAGCACAGCUGGAUCCUGGGUUCUUUCAUGAGGUGGAGGUUGAUGUUGAAGAGAACAUUGCUAGUAUCUUUUGGGCAGAUGGGAAGAUGAGGAUGGAUUAUCAUUAUUUUGGUGAUUCAAUUAGUUUUGAUACUACUUACCGGACUAACAAAGAGUAUCGGCCACUAGCUUUGUUUGUUGGUUUCAACAAUCAUCACCAACUGACUGUCUUUGCGGCUGCUCUUCUCUAUGAUGAAACAACAGCAACAUUUGAAUGGCUUUUCGAUCAGUUUUUGAAAUGCAUGGGAGGUGUGAGACCGUUAUCAAUGUUUACUGACCAGGCUGCUGCAAUUGCUGCUGGUAUAAGGUCUGUUUUCCCAGAUUGUUUUCAUGGGUUGUGUACAUGGCAUAUUGCUCAGAAUGCAGUUGUUAAUCUGGGAAGUUUGUGUGACUCUGAUUUCCUUCGUGAGCUUAGUUAUUUGAUGUAUAAUGCUGAUGAUGAG